AUGCCGGGCCUGUAUGCCCUCUCCUCCUGGGAGGCUCUGCCCCUGAAGAGCUCCAGAGUGAAGGCUUGUGCCAACGGGUACUCCCUGAGCAUCACCACUCAGCUCGUGUACACCAACCCUUAUGAGGAGCCCGUGGAAGGCAUCUUCAUCUACCCACUGGAGGAGUCGGAGGUGGUGGCUGGCUUCGAGGCGGCAGUGGGCAGCCGGCGAGUGACGUUCCAGGUCCAAAACCGGCACCGGGUACAGGACUGCUGCCUCCAGUGCGGCCCCAGCCCCGGCCGGCCGCACCGCUGUGCCAGCGGCCACCUCGUCCUGGAUGAAGAUGCGGAGCGCUCCACCUUCAUCAUCGUCACAGGCACACUGUGCCCAGCGGAGAGCCUGGCUGUCACCCUGAGCACAGCACAGGAGCUGGCCACGCUGCCGGAUGGGGCCCUGCACCUCCUCCUCCCCCCUGUCCUCAUGCCCCGCGUCCCCGCCGUCCCCGAGAGCGAGCCGGCAAGCUUGUGUGACGACAGGUUGGCCCUAUGCCCCACCAGCUGUUUUGGGGGGCCGGGUGCCCGGACCCAGCCAUCCCCCGUGGUGCCUGUGGAGAGUGUGGACAUCUUUCGGGGACAGCCCUACAACCCUUUUCCUUACGAGUUUGCCUUCGAGCUGCUGGUGAAGGGCCCCUGCUUGCUGGCAGGGCUGGAGAGCCCAUCCCACGCCCUGCGAGCCGAUGCUGACCCCUGGGCCAGCUCUGCCACCACCACCUGCGUCACCCUGGCCGAGCCCCAUCGCUACGACAGGGACUUGGAGAUCAUCCUCUACCCCUGCGAGCCCCACCACCCCCACCUGGUGAUGGAGGAUGGCACCAUGACAUACCCUGAGUAUGAGGCUCACAUCCGGAGCCGCCGGGAUUACAUACGGAUCGCCAGGAAGGACAGCAGCGGCGAGAGACAGGUGGCUUUCGUGCAGAAGCGUUUUCACAAAGACAUCUUCCCCAACCCUGUGCUGAUGCUGAACUUCUGCCCGGCGGUGGAGGAUGUCCCCGGGGACCUGCAGAGUGUCACCCGUGAGGUCCUCUUCCUCGUCGACCGCAGCAGCACCAUGAGUGGUCCUGACCUCGACAAGGUCAAGGAGGCUUUGCUGGUGGCCCUGAAGAGCCUCCCAUCGGGGACGCUGCUCAACCUCGACCGCUUUCUCUUCCUCUUCACCAACGUGGCAGCCGGCAAUGCGGGCAGGAUCCUCCGACUGGUGCGCAGGCAGGCCAGCACCGUCAGGUGCUUCAGCUUUGGCAUGGGCCCACGGGCAUGCCGAUGGCUGCUGAAGGGCAUGGCCAAGGUGAGCCGGGGCCGCUGCAUCCUCUACAGCAUCUCCCGCUUCCGUGACAGGCGCCCACUGGGCCGGGAAGGGGCUCGCCGGGGCUCCCGGGGCUCAGCCUUCCCCUCUCAGGAGGAGGUGCCCAGUCCCGGGGAGAGCCGCCAGCCGCCUCGGAGCACCCCAGGAUCCAGGGAUGCCUCCUUGGAGCUCUCCGCCGGGGGCACAGAGACGUCGGAGCGGAGUGCGGAUCCCAUUUCUGGGGGAGACAUCUGGAAGAGGAUUUACCAGCCCUCCUACAUCCAGGAGCAGUAUGUCCUGACGCACUGCUCUGUCAGCACCGACCGCAGCCGGGGGCUGCUCUCCCACAGCUCCACCAGCAGUGAGUCCACCGGCUCCCGCGACGUAGCCCCCGAGGGUGGCUCCUCAGCCCCAGGUGCUGAUGCCACCUCCCAGCAAGGCCAGAAGAGCCUGUCCCUCUGCGAGUCCUCCACCAAAUCCGCCCCGCUGCCUUCUGCCCCGGCUGGCACCAAGUGGCAUGGGUUAGGUAACGGGCUCCCGCCGCACAACAGCACAGCUGGUGCCCUUUGCUGCCGAAAUGUCAAGCAUAACCUCCUCUCGCCCACCCACCUGGACUGGGACAUGCUGGUGGAGCCCUCCUACCUCUUCAGUGCCUCGCCGGCGCCCGAGCAAGGGGAGCCCAGCCUGGGCGAUGCCAGCCCGCCCCUGCGCUGCCAGGUGGUGAUCCAC